AUGAAUUUAGGUUCAUUCUGGCACUAUAUUCAGGCAGACCAACAACGACAUCUUACAGGAUGAUGUGAAGUGAAGUCUUAUGGUAUCCUGCGGCACGUUCUGACACAAUACUUUUGCAAUCCUCUUGCAGGCUGACGCUGUCUAUUGUUUCUCCGCACCUAGCAGUUGAUUGAUCUAGUACGAUUCCUAGAUCAUAUAGACAAGGAGGACUUCUUUCACUGUUAUUUGAUUAUGAAGCCCCAGGCUUUUGUUAUUGCUUCGAGCCGUGCUUUGCCAGGGAAUCACCGAGGCACAAGACACGUGAUGACGAACGUCCGUCGAAUUCUGAACUUGGUUUGCGCGUCGAUGGUCGGCUUGUUGUUGAUGGCCAUCACGUCUUUUCUGUACUCUUUGCAUGUCUUGGAGCUCAGAUGGAUGUCCAGAUUACAGGCCGUCGCUGACGUGAGACGAGACCAAUUUUCAUUUCCAGCCCAUCCGGUCAACGUGGAAACGACCAGCUAUCCAUGGGUAGGAGAUCCUACCUGCCAACACCAUGCCGUCCAGUUUGCAAAGAACCAGUCUCGCCCCAAAUGGGCGUUGACAUCUUUUCCUGGGAGCGGAGUAACGUGGACCCGUCAGCUGAUUGAAGGUGUAACAGGAAUCUACACAGGAACUGCUCACGGAUCCAAUGAACCUCCCAUCGUAUCAACAGGGCACUACGGCAAUUGGGCGGAUUUGAACUGCGACUGCACGAUACUCAUCAAGGAUCACGAUGGCACGAGCGCGAAUAAUAUCCUUGAUUAUUUGGAAACAACGUCAAACUUAACCAGUAAUCCAGCAUGGAGGGAUUAUUACCAACAUCGUGGAAUCCUUCUGAUCCGGAAUCCCAUUGACACUCUGUUUACCUACGCUCAUUACCUGUUGAGUGGAAACGAUCAGAAAGGGACGGGAAGGCCUGAAGAUUUCGCAGGUCCUCACUGGGAUGAGCACGUUGAUUACGUGGCAUUCGCCUGGGCGGAUCACGCGGAACGCUGGAUUCAAAACAUCAAAGAAGGGACGGUCGUUUUCUACGAACGGCUUUUACAAGACACUGAGAAUGAACUGAGACGUUUAUUAAAAGCCAUUCAUUUCACCGAUCCCAAUCGUCCACCUGUCGAUCCGGAACGGAUGCGUUGCACUCUGCAACACAAGAAUCGUUCGGAUCGCAAGCGCACUAAAAAACUCACGGUUCCACUUUCAUCGAAACAUUACGCCAAAUUGAUGUCUUCCAUCGACAAAGUACAACGAAUGCUUUUGAAAAAAGGUUGGCCCCCACUUCCCAUCGAUCUCUACGACCUCCGCAAACCGGAUGUUACACCAGCCGCAUUGCAACAUUACAAAGAGUGAAACACAUCAAUGACAUGAAUUGUUUAAAAGAAAAUAAAAAUAAAUUGGUUGACGGUUAA